GGAGCUGGGGGCGUUGGCGUUCCGGACAGGGAAGGGCCGAGGGGGACUCGAGAAGGCCGCACGCCCGCCGCUCCUCCCACCCCUCCCCCGCUCCCCCACCCCCGCCUCGGCCCCGAAGGGGGCUGCACGGGCGACUUGGCGGCGAUGGCUCGAGCUCGGGCGGCGACAGCGGUGACCGGAGGCGGCGGCUCCUCCUCCUCCUCCUGGGCCUGGGCCCGGCGGUGAUCCGAGCUGGCGGCCGCGGCCCCCCGAUGAGACUGUUGGCGGGCUGGCUGUGCCUGAGCCUGGCGUCCGUGUGGCUGGCGCGGAGGAUGUGGACGCUGCGGAGCCCGCUCUCCCGCUCCCUGUACGUGAACAUGACGAGCGGCCCCGGCGGGCCAGCGGCGGCCGCGGGCGGCGGGAAGGACACGCACCAGUGGUAUGUGUGCAACAGAGAGAAGUUAUGUGAAUCGCUUCAGUCUGUCUUUGUUCAGAGUUAUCUUGAUCAAGGAACACAGAUCUUCUUAAACAACAGCAUUGAGAAAUCUGGCUGGCUAUUUAUCCAACUCUAUCAUUCUUUUGUAUCAUCUGUUUUUAGCCUGUUUAUGUCUAGAACAUCUAUCAACGGGUUGCUAGGAAGAGGCUCGAUGUUUGUGUUUUCACCAGAUCAGUUUCAGAGACUGCUUAAAAUUAAUCCGGACUGGAAAACUCACAGACUUCUUGACUUAGGUGCUGGAGAUGGAGAAGUCACAAAAAUCAUGAGCCCUCAUUUUGAAGAAAUUUAUGCCACUGAGCUUUCUGAAACGAUGAUCUGGCAGCUCCAGAAGAAGAAAUACAGAGUGCUUGGUAUAAAUGAAUGGCAGAAUACAGGGUUCCAGUAUGAUGUCAUCAGCUGCUUAAAUCUGCUGGAUCGUUGUGAUCAGCCUCUGACAUUGUUAAAAGAUAUCAGAAGUGUCCUGGAGCCCACCCAAGGCAGGGUCAUUCUUGCCUUAGUUUUGCCCUUCCAUCCGUAUGUGGAAAACGGUGGCAAGUGGGAGAAACCAUCAGAAAUUUUGGAAAUCAAGGGACAGAAUUGGGAAGAACAAGUGAACAGCCUGCCUGAAGUCUUCAGGAAAGCUGGCUUUGUCGUCGAAGCUUUCACCAGACUGCCGUACCUAUGUGAAGGCGACAUGUACAACGACUACUACGUUCUCGACGACGCUGUCUUCGUCCUCAGACCAGUGUAGACGUGUGCGGGCCAAGUCUGCAGACCAGUGUGAACGUGUGCGGGCCAAGUCUGCAGACCAGUGUGAACGUGUGCGGGCCAAGUCCUCAGACCAGUGUGAACGUGCGGGCCAAGUCCUCAGACCAGUGUGAACGUGCGGGCCAAGUCCUCAGACCAGUGUGAACAUGCGGGCCAAGCCUGCAGAGUCCAGGAGAGGGCUGUGCCCAGUGAUGCGGGGGGACGGCCUCUGGAGGCUGCCAUUCUCAGUAUCAUGUAGGAAUUUUAAAAGCCAAAAUACUAAUUCUUUCUUUGUAGUGUGUAAAGGAGUGUUUUUAAAAACAAAACCCCAACUCUUUGUGUAUUUUUAAUCAAGUCUUUACUCAGAGUCACGCUCCAAAUGCAGGUCACUCUCCAAAUAUGAUGGAAGAUAUUUUUUAUACUUAAUUGCUGUAGGGACUCAUUCCCAGACAAAGCAAUAGUCAUGACGUCAUGGAACCAAUAAAUGGAUUGUUUUUAAUAAAUGAAGACUGGCAAUAAAGCUGUCCAUUCAAUUCCAAAUAUUGAUUAUAAGGUAGAGCCACUGAUAACUUUCAUGUUUAGAAGUUCCUUCUGUUGCUAUUCAAAAAAAUGUUUUUAAUCAUGCUAAUAAACGUUUUUGGAGAUGACUCUGCCCCACAUUUAAGUUACU